UGGAAAUGCGAUGCAAUGGGCAUGCUCUUCGGCAGUGAUUGCUUUUGAUACUGCAAGAACGUUGCUGGAACAACGCGAUAGCCGUGCCUUGCGAUAUCAGAGGCUCAUGGACAUCUACGAACGAGCUUGUGCCGGAGGGAAGCCGAGAAGCUGGCGCUGAAUCGUCAAGGCUGAUUGGGAAAGCUGAGCACCUCAGAGACGACCAAGAGUCACAAUUUGUGCGGGGAUGUUUGGCGCUAGCAGCAUGUCGCUUUACGCCCUGAUCACAUCUGCGCUGGCAGAGGUGCAGCCUUCUCAUGAGCAACCAAUGAUCAAAGCGAGUACGGGUACAAGUUCAAGAUCCAUAACUACGGUUUCAAUAAGCAAAGGCUACAUUCAGCCGCAGCUUCAGACCGAUAACUGCUUGGUCCUAGAUUUUCAAUGGCUUUUCUUCCUAUGAGCUCCUGUCCAGUGCCGUUGAGAACUCUGACGCUCCAUCAUGGCUUGGUUGCGAUUGGAGUGGUCAAGCUCGAUGAAGACCAUGGCAAAGUGUGAGCACACUACAGAAAAGGCCAGUUGCAGUGUUGCAAGCUGCUCACUGUUCGAAAGUUGCAGCUGUCACCCUCCAGGCGUCACACCAUUUUCACCCUUUUGCUAUGACUGCUCUUGUCAGCCUACUGCCUGGAAGAUCGUUUUAGGCACUUCGGGAGGCCUUGGUAGCCUUUUUUCAGCGGUGGCUGGUUCCGUGAAGUGCCUUUCUGCGUGCAAGAAGUACCGCCGUGAACGUGCCGAGCGCAGAGGAAAUAUGGAAGUGCCUUUGACAUGAUGCACAGCGAUCAUGUUUGCGUUGGGCCAGAUGCAAGGGCACCUGUCCCAUGAGCAGGAGAGUCCACCGUUUAGGCAGCAUACUUUUUGCAGCAUCCGAUACCACUGGUGAUCAAUGGCAAUGUUUGCAACAGGUGUCCUCCUCAACUGGAGAACACCUGGACUGCCUAAACUAAACUUAGAGGGAAAAAAGGUGAAGUAUGUUUGGGCGCAAAUGGACAGUAGACUUUGCUUGCUGCUUUUGCUGGCAACAUGUUGAACCUUGCAUCUAUUUCAUUAUAUUUCUCAACAGGGCACUACUGAUAGGGCAUUGUUGAUGUGUAGUGGUGAG